AUGACUUAUUUUGAAAAGCUAUUAAUUGCAUGCAAGACUAAGAAACUGGGUCGUCUGACAUGGUCGUGUACCUUGGAAGGUCGCCAGCCGCAGCCCGGCAACGGUAGGCCGUCGGGCCCCAGCGGGCAGGGCGCGUCGAGGCCGGGCACGCCCUGCUCGCCGCGGUCGCCCUUGUCGCCCUUGCGUCCGCGCUUGCCGGCCGGCCCCUGCGGAGCGCACCGGCGUUUAGUUAGCACUAGUUACGACGCGAGUCUGAUGCUCUGUUGUCGCUUUACGUAUUCGUUCUUUGUGAUAUAUACUUGUGAAUAUAAAGAUAUUCACAUAUUACUA